AGUUAGUCGAUUCUACAUCCUGGCAUCGUGGCACGUGCCAGAAAUAGACGACGGUUUCCCGUGUUAAAUACGACGCAGGGGGUGCAACGACAUUCGAAGAUUGUGAACGAACUCGUGAAACAUCCUCAGUUCGUCCAAAGUAUCUCGUAGUCACGGUUCUGCUCCCUUUUCGCAGGAAACUUUUAUCCUUUAACUCGUAUUAUUCAAAUAAAAUUAUCAAAUUACAAAACAAUCGCGAUUCUUUUUGAUACCAAUGAAACCCGUGAAGAUUGACAGAGAUUGCUCGGGUAGUUUCGAUCAAGAGGAUCAAUGAACUACGCUUAUAAUCUACCCUUUGAUUACGUGAAUUAAUCGCUAUUUAACCAAUUAGAGGAGAAUCAAAUUCGCGAGGGUUAUCGAAUGAAAGCUGUAAGAGAUUUUAAACGAUUCCAAUGUCCGCCGAGCAACACGUAAAUAAAUCGAUCAAUUAAAUCGUUGGGAAGUAAUUAAAUCAGACAGCAAUUCUUCCGGAAGUUAUAAACAGAAUCGAUCGAUCGAAAGAGAGGAAAGAAGAAGUUUUUACAGUACGUAAUUUUACUUCAAUUUCCAAGAAGGAUCAUGGGUAAAAACGCUACUGGACCGAUAAUCAGGAUGUCAUCUUCCGGAACUCACGGAGCCGGAGGUAUCGAAUGUUGCUGUUGUAGAUGUUGCACCUGCAUACACAUCGAGUUUCUUAAAACUUCUCCGGGAAUCGUAAAAGUCUGUGAAACGGUAAUUAGCGGAAUCAUUCAGAGUUUAUUAGUCAAUUAUGGUCUAAGGUAUAGCACGUCCAUUGGAUCUGCCUUUGAGGGAUCUUUGACGACGUCUUCGGCCUGCUUUUUGAUAUCCACCGUUUUAUUGGUCUGCUAUGUAGUCUCAGAAAAAUCUUACAGACUUAUCCGUUCAUCGCUUUUCGAAAUGAUGUUUAACGCAUUGGCAAGCUUUUUGUACCUGAGUUCUGCCUCCUACCUCGCCUUUUCUACAAAGAUAUUUCUCUUACCUGAAUAUUAUCUAAAGCCAGGAUUUGAUGUUUAUCCAGCUAUGACAGCAGCUUAUAUUCUAAGCGCAGUCGUUGGAAUAUUACACGGAUUUGAUUCAUAUUUUUCCUUUAUUUAUUAUAAAACAGGCAGAUAGAUUUAAAUGUCAAUAGGCUUGAAUUUGAUAAUACCACAGAUCAGAACAUUUCAAUGCUGCACCUAAACGUAUUGAUUCGAACUCGUCCAUAGACAUUCUAGUUAUAAAUAACAUCAAAACAUUUAGGUGCUAUUAUUAAAAUAUCUCAUUAUGUAUAAGUAGAGUAUACGAAACGGGUCCUUUCGCCAGAGACGACUAUUGAAAAUGGUGAUCGCUUAAAGAAUCAGGAAAAAUUUCACAAUUCCGACGAAUUUUCGUAUCGUCUCGUCGGUGGAGGAGGGCCGGUUUCGUUGUCGCAGGAAAUUGAUCGUAAAGUGGUACGAACAGUUUAUUUCAGAGCUAUUGAAAGUGAAAUAAAUUGUUUAAGUGCUCGGCUCGGUGUCUCGAAGCGAGAGAAGGCAGGCGCGAACGUGCUGGCCUGUCUAGCUAGCCAUCUAGACGUUCUCUUUGCUUAUUCAUUGCUCACGGCUCACGAAAACGGUGAAAUUUCGCGCGCACGUGAAAGGAAAAGAGGGAAUGAGGGAGACAGGUAGAGACAGAGACAGAGACAGAGACAGAAACAGAGAGAGAGAGAGAGAGAGAGAGAGAGAGAGAGAGAGAGAGAGAGAGAGAGAGAGAGAGUGUUAAUUGUUCGUGAAAAAGAGACGGAGGACAAGUCGAGUGAUCUUAUUCUAUUUCUCGAGUCAAACGUAAGAUAAGCAGUUAAUUAAUUAUCGCACAGAUGGUACAUAAAAAUGCCUUUCCAAUGAAGUUUCAUCCCGAUAAGAUAAAUUUCUAAUGCGGAACAAUAAAAUGAGAAUAAUCUCAAUGAAAGCUACUUACACAAUUUGUUUCGCGCAUGUUUAUUCUAAUAGCAUUGGUACUAAUAGUGUACCACUAAUAGUGUACCAUAUGCCCGAACUUGAUACAAUAAAAGAGUAUUACUUUGAAUG